GCCUCUCCGGCCGGCAGAACGCACACAGAGAGCAGACAUCUGGGAAACUGAGCGAGUACCGAGUGGUGGAGGUGCGCCGAGCCUCACAUGGGGGUCUCAGGAAACAAUGAUGUCACCAUGCCGGAGGAUGAGCACAAAACUGCCGCCAGAUCCAAGGAGGUGGUGGCGCCCCCCGGGGAGCACCCGCUGCAGUACCGCUACACCUUCUGGUAUUCCCGGAGAACGCCCUCCCGGCCCGCCAGCACUCACAACUAUGAGCAGAACAUCCGGCAGUUCGGCACAGUGGCGACGGUGGAGCAGUUCUGGCGAGUCUACAGCCACUUAGUACGGCCCGGAGACCUCUCAGGAUACAGCGACUUCCAUCUCUUCAAGGAAGGCAUCAAACCUAUGUGGGAGGACGAUGCCAAUAGAAAUGGCGGGAAGUGGAUCAUCCGCCUGCGGAAGGGCCUGGCGUCCAGGUUCUGGGAGAACAUCAUCCUGGCCAUGCUGGGCGAGCAGUUCAUGGUGGGAGAGGAGAUCUGCGGGGUGGUCGUGUCCAUACGCUUUCAGGAAGACAUCCUCUCCAUCUGGAACAAGACGGCCAACGACCAAAUCAGCACCAUCCGCAUCCGGGACACCCUCAGGAGGGUCCUCAACCUCCCGCCCAACACCAUCAUGGAGUACAAGACCCACAACGACAGCCUCAAAGACAACUCAAGCUUCAGGAACACAAAGCUCACGCUCUAGCGACCGCCCCAUCUCUGCGGAGCGUCCUGAGGGAAGUAGGGCUGGACACGGCUCUCGGGACGCCGCGCUGCAGUCCUCCUGACCGUCCCGCCCCAUCUCUGCGGAGCGUCCUGAGGGAGGUAGGGCUGGACACGGCUCUCGGGGCGCUGCGCUGCAGUCCUCCUGACCGUCCCGCCCCAUCUCUGCAGAGCGUCCUGAGGGAGGUAGGGCUGGACACGGCUCUCGGGGCGCUGCGCUGCAGUCCUCCUGACCGUCCCGCCCCAUCUCUGCAGAGCGUCCUGAGGGAGGUAGGGCUGGACACGGCUCUCGGGACGCCGCGCUGCAGUCUUCCUGACCGUCCCGCCCCAUCUCUGUGGAGCGUCCUGAGGGAGGUAGGGCUUGGACACGGCUCUCGGGACGCCGCGCUGCAGUCCUCCUGACCGUCCCGCCCUAUCUCUGCGGAGCGUCCUGAGGGAGGUAGGGCUGGACACGGCUCUCGGGACGCCGCGCUGCAGUCCUCCUGACCGUCCCGCCCCAUCUCUGCGGAGCGUCCUGAGGGAGGUAGGGCCUGGACACGGCUCUCACGACGCCGCGCUGCAGUCCUCCUGACCGUCCCGCCCCAUCUCUGUGGAGCGUCCUGAGGGAGGUAGGGCCUGGACACGGCUCUCGGGACGCCGCGCUGCAGUCCUCCUGACCGUCCCGUUCUUCUUCACUAUUUUUUAUGUAAUCAAUACGAAUUAGGACAAUAAAGUAUUUUCUGCCA